UCCUGGCGGUACGUCACGGAUCCUCAUAUUUAUUCAGCGGGGAGGCAGCGGCAUCGGCUAAACUGGCUGCUUCUGGUUUCAAGACAGAUAAAUACAAAGAGAGACUCUCCGAAUAGGCUAUACAAAGAACAGAGAGGAUCGUUCAACGGUUUACGCUGAAGACGAUAAAGUCAGAUUCCCUAGAAGAAGAGCUCGGACGGCAUGCAAAGUUGUGAAAUAUCUUCAGACAGCACUGAUGAUCCUCUUAGUAGUGCCUUACACGGACAUCGACAACCGCGAAUAGUAGUGAUUGGUGCGGGCUUGGCCGGCCUUGCUGCUACCAAAACCCUCUUGGAGAACGGCUUCACCAAUGUUACGGUGCUAGAAGCCUCAGACCGUAUUGGAGGCAGAGUGCAAAGCAUUCAGCACGGUAAAACCACUUUGGAACUUGGAGCAACCUGGAUCCAUGGGGCAAAUGGGAACCCCGUCUACCACCUGGCUGAGGACAAUGGACUGCUGGAGCACACCACAGAGGAGGAAAGGAGUGUGGGCCGCAUCAGCCUCUACGCCAAAAAUGGUGUGGCCCACUACCAGACCAAUAAUGGCAAGCGAAUCCCGAAGGAUCUGGUGGAAGAGUUCAGUGACCUGUACAAUGAGGUGUAUGAGCUGACUCAGGAGUUCUUCCAGAAUGGAAAGCCUGUGGGAGCUGAGAGUCAAAACAGUGUGGGGAUCUUCACACGAGACGUGGUGCGCAAGAAAAUCAUGCUUGAUCCUUAUGAUUCAGAAAGCAUCAGGAAGCUCAAGUUAUCUAUGCUACAACAGUACCUCAAGACUCUCCAGACAUACCUCUCUAGACCUUAUUUUGAAAUAUAAGGUGUGGUAUCAUGUUUGACAUCUUAACAGGCCCCAACAGGAAGUAGCAGAGUUACUGUCGUGGAGAGCUGUGAAAGCAGUUCCCCCAACAUGGAUGAAGUGUCUCUAAGUGAGUUUGGCGAGUGGACUGAGAUUCCUGGCGCUCAUCAUGUCAUUCCCACUGGUUUCAUUAAAGUUGUUGAGAUCCUGGCUCAGGACAUCCCGAGUUGUGUCCUCCACCUUAGCAAGCCUGUCCGCCGCGUCCACUGGAACUGCAGCUCCCAGGAUGCAGAAGAAUUUGGAGACCAGGUUGACCAUAACCAGGACCAACGGCCCAGCCCUUCUCCGGUCUGUGUGGAGUGCGAAGACGGCGAGCGUCUGCUGGCGGACCAUGUGAUCUUAACUGCCUCUCUUGGGGUCCUGAAGAAAGCUCACAAGACUCUCUUCUCCCCAGGCCUUCCACAAGACAAGGCACAGGCCAUCCAGAAACUGGGCAUUAGCACCACUGACAAGAUCUUUCUGGAGUUUGCAGAGCCCUUCUGGAGCCCAGAAUGCAACAGCAUUCAGUUUGUGUGGGAGGACGAGGCACAACUGGAGAGCCAGGCAUAUCCAGAAGAGCUGUGGUACCGAAAGAUCUGCAGCUUUGAUGUGCUGUAUCCGCCCGAGCGCUAUGGCCACAUGCUGAGUGGAUGGAUCUGCGGAGAAGAGGCCCUGCGCAUGGAAAGGUGUGACGACGAGACUGUGGCGGAGAUAUGCACAGAACUACUGCGCCAGUUCACAGGGAACCAGAAUAUUCCGAAGCCAAGGCGGAUCCUGCGCUCCUCAUGGGGCAGUAAUCCGUAUAUCCGGGGUUCUUACUCCUUCACUAGAGUGGGCUCAAGCGGCAGAGAUGUGGAGAAGCUUGCUGAGCCCCUGCCUUACAUUAAAAACACCAAGGCUCCACCUCUUCAGGUGUUGUUUGCUGGGGAGGCCACCCAUAGAAAAUACUAUUCCACUACCCACGGUGCUUUGUUGUCAGGACAGAGGGAGGCCAACCGUUUGAUGGAGCUGUACCAGUACUCCUGUGCAGAAACCACAAAGCCUAACAUUUAAAACAAACAAAUUGCAACAAAAACAAGAACCACUUACUAGUGACAAAAAACAAUUGUGUUACGUGCUUUCUGUAUUUCAGAUGAUUAAAUUAUGUAUGAAAACCUAGUAGGGGCAUUAAACUAAUAACAAUAAAUCCUCUUUAUACUGUAUUUAGAUUAGCGCUCUGUAGAUUUUAUUUGAGAUGUACUGUACAAGGCUGCCAUGUGCCGCUAUCUCUGGUCCUUAUUUGUUCUGAUUAUUUUUAAUCCUUGUCAAUAUGUUUCUAUAAUUUAACCAUUUUUGUAAGUGCCUUCUGUAUUUAAUGUCAUGUCUUUAAAAAAGAUUAAACAACAAAAAAAGCGAUAUGAAUAAAAUGUACAUUAAUGUGAA